AAGUGAAAACGUGUACAUUACCCCAUUUAUCCCUAUGUUUCUUGUAAAAUGUACAUUUGUCCUCAAUUUUUUACGUUUGUAAGGAUUUUUUAGGUUUGUGCACUCGGAUUUCCACGAAUCAGUUGAUUCGGGGGGUGUAAUUACACUGGUAAUUACACUUGUAAUUGAAAAGGCUCAGGAGGAGUUAUGGCUGAUUUCGUUAACAUCUCCUCUUCAUAUUUAAAAUAGCACACGUGGCCAUGUCGAGUGGCGCUGAGGAACCUCCUGGACUGUCUGAGGACACGAUAUCCGAUCCACUCCAUCCAGAUCAUCUCCAGGAACAGGAUAAAUCACAACAUCUCAGUUACAAAGACAUCAUGAUGAAGAGUAAAGUCGAUCUGAAAAAGAAAGAAGAGGAAGUCCAGGAAUACGCCAACAAACUAUCGAAAAUAAAAUCUCGGACGAAAUUAUCCCGCCGCAGUACCGAGUCCUCGACAUCUCUGGAUUCUCCAAAGCUCGGGUCAUCAGUUUCAAGACUAGAUGAUGAGACUGAUGUGAACGAUGUCAGCGAAGCAAAGACCCCAAAGGCGAAGUCCCACUUGCUCCAAAAGAAAUUAGCAGAGAAUCGUAAAAUAUUUGAGCAACGGAACAAAGAGAUAAACGAAUCAAAUCGAGCGGUGGAAGAGAAAGUUGAGGAAAUUCGAAAACAGAUAAACGAAACUGAGUUGCAGAAGGAUCUGAAUAUUCCUGUAUCAAUUCCUUCCAUCUCCCUCUUGCCUCAGCAUCUCCCAAAGGAUUCCCAACUCUUGGAGAAAGAUAACAAAAUAGUUGAGCUAAAUACGAAGAUUCACGAGUUAGAGACAAUCAUCAUUGAUCUUCAGGAUAAUCUCAAGGAGAAAGAUUCCGUGAUAGAUUCGAAGAUGAAAGCUGUUACCCUAAUGUCUGAAGAUCUCUCCAGAAAAGGAAAAACAACACUUGAUACUUUGGAAGACACCAAAGACGAGAUGAGAGCGAUGCAGCAGAAUUUCGUGCUGAUGGAGAGCUCCUUCAAGAACAAACACGAACACUUGGUGUCUCAACUAGAAGAGAAAUCUAAUCGAGUGAUUGAGCUUGAAGAGACAUUGCAGAAGAUGGAGAAUCCAGAAGUUGAUAAAACCGAUGAUUGCUCUUCAUUAGAAAUGGUUGGAGAGCUGAAGAGGGAAAUGACAGCGAUGCAGGAGAAUUUCAUUCUCAUCGAGACUGGCCUCAAGGAUAAAGUCAAUAAUCUUAUGAUUCAGCUGGAGGAACGUGAGAGAAAAUUGGCAGAGGUGGAUGUAUCAUCCUCAAACGAACGAACGAUUAAUCAUGACGAGGUGUCUAGGCUGGUGGAGAGUAAUCGAGUGCUUCAGGAAGAGAAUGAAAAGUUAUUGAAGACUGUGGAGAACUUGAAGAUUCAAAACGACCUAACCCAAGAGAAGGACAACAGGAUCAUGGAGCUGGAGGGAACUGUUGAGGAACUCAAAUCCACAGGGGCUGGAGCUGGUGCUGAGGGUGAGACUGUGCAGAAACUGAAGGCUGAACUCGAUCAGCUCAACAAGAAUACCAUCAAGCUUAAAGCACAACACAAGAGCAAGAUCAGGGCUCUUAACAAACGAUUAGAAAGCUUCAAAAUGGUGUCGGAUGCAAAUGCAGAAUUGGUGAAGCUUGGAAAUCAGGUUGCACUGUUGGAGGAGGAGAAAGGUAAUCUACAGCUGAGUCUUGUAGACUUUGACGAACUUAAAGCUUCGGCAGUCGAAUUACAGACGCGUAUUAGCGAACUUGAUAGCAAAGUCGAGGCUCAAGCUGGUGUUAUUCAGGCACAUGUCGAUGCUAUUGCCGCUCUGGAGAAUCAGAAGUUGGAUCUUAUGGAAGAGCUCCAUAAUGUGAAGCAAGAAAUUUCUACUCUCGAAGCUGAGAACGCAGACUGUGAAAACCUUCGGGUGACAGCUGAACUGAAAGUUGUCGAACUUGAAGACCAACUGGAGUCGCUGAAUCGCGUCAAACCCCAGACCCCAUCCACAGCCUCUCUCCCCGACAAUCAAUCCGAUAAUAAAUCACCAGUCGUCGACUCCUUCGAGUCCAUCGAAGAAAAUCGUAAUGAACUGCUGAAACAAUUGGAUUUGCUCACCCAGAAAAAUCAAAACCUAGAAAUGCAACUGCGGGAAUUCAGAGAGAAGGAUCCAACAGUUGAGAAAAAAUCGUCAGAUACAGACUCCACGGAGUCCUUCGAGAGGAUCUCCGAUAACAACGAUGGACCCACAAAAAUAGAUAAUCUAAUUAUUUCAGAGGAAAAACUAGCAGAACCCCCAGACAACACGACAGAUCUCCACCAGAGAAUCGAAAAUCUUAUCCAAGAAAACAACGAUUUAGUGAUAGAGUCGACAAAACUCCAGGAGAAGCUCAACCAUCAGAAGGAGAAUUACGAAGCUAAACUAGAAACCCUAGAAAUUCAAAAUUCUGGAUUGAAACAGAAUCUCACGAGUCUCUGCAGUGAGACAGUCUUGAUACCUCUGGUAGCAGAAAUUUCUGACUGCAAGCAAGUACUUGAAGAACAAUUACAACACGUAGAAAAUUUGGAGAUGAGUCUUCUCCAAAGCCACCAAGAGUUGUCAGAGAAACGCGAAGAGAUAUCAGAAUGUCAACUAUUGAUUAAAAAUCUAACAUCGAUUCAAUCAAAAUUCACAGAGAUGGAGAAGCAAAUCGAGAAUUUGAAUCUUGAAAAGUCAUCAAUCGUUGAGAAAUUCCAAUUAUCAUUCACUGAAAUGAUAGAAUUAUCAGAGAAAUCCAAAGAAAAAGAAGAUGCGAGUACAGAGAAAAUAAAUAGUCUGCUGACUCGCUUAUCAGAUCAAAACUCUGAAAUAUCUUCUCUACAAGAGACCAUAAACGCCAACACGAAAAUCCUUGAGACAUUAAAAGAUGAAAAUACUGAAUUAAAAAUUACAAUUGACUCUUUGCAGAAAGAAAAAUCGUGGCUUGAAGAUGAAAACACUCACUUGAGUAAUCAAAUACAGCUAAAAGAGGAUUCAAUCACAGCCCUUGAGGGAGAAUUCAGAACGACAGUCUCCAUUAUUGAAGACAGAUUGAAGGAUAAAGAAGUGAUGCUGAUGUCUUCAGAAACACAAAUUCCCAAAUUGCAGAAUGAACUAGAAGAUAAAGACAAGAUAAUCGAUGAAUUUGAAAAGAAAAUAGAAUGGCUAGAAGCACUGGCACAGGCCAAGGAGAUGACGCUGAUAGAAGAGAAGGAGAAAAUCACUGCAGAGUUCGACAACAACGUGAUGUCUUUGGAGACAUUACUGGAGACCAAGACGUCUCUUGUUGCCUCUUUGCAGACGGAAAUUCAAUCUUUGCUGGAAACCUUGAAGAAUAAUGAAGUGACGAUAAUUACACUGCAGGAGGAGAUCAACUCUUUGCAGUCUGCUCUUGUCGAAAAAGAAAUGUCAGCUGUUUCUCUUGCUGAUGAGGCUGAUGCCUGUCACGACUCUCUCAUGCAGAGAUCCAGUAUGUAUCAGUCAUGCGAGUCAACAUUAGCCUCAGAUAAAUUAGAAUCAGAAGCUGCUGUUGCUGAGUUACAACUGAAGCUGACAGAACUUCAAUCACAAGUUGAUAAUUCUAAUUCAAUUAUUGAUAAGUUCAAAGAAGAAAUUGAAGAUAUCACGAGGGGGAAAGUUGAAUUGGAGAAAGAACUCCAGGAGUUGCGAUCAGACAAAUUAGCGCUUGAUAAAUCUGUGGAAAUGCUGACCCAUGAAUUGCAGACGGUGAAAGUUGAAGCUGAAGGUCAGGAUGAGGAAAUUAAUCACUUUAGACUGACAAAUGAUGAGUUGAAAAAUCGAUUGGAGUCAAUGGAUAAAGAGUUGAAGGAUAAAUGCAAUGAAUUGGAGCAUUCAAAGUCUGAGAUUAAUAAUAAAGAAAUAAUUGUUGACAAUCUGCAAGAUGAGAUAACAAAAUUAAAUGGCCUCAUCACUGAGAAUAAGAAUCAUUCUGGAGUUCUUGAAGCAGAAAUUAUGAGAUUGCAGGAGCAGUUGGGAGAUAAAUCAAUUAUUCAGGAGGAAAAUAGCGAAUUAAUUGAAAAAAUGAGAGAGAAAGAGGAAACAAUCAAGAGAUUAGAGUCGGUAAUUGGCGAUCUCAGUGAGAAACUCAAUGAAGCGACAGCCAAAGUUGAUGAAUUACUGGCAUCACUGAAUGGUAAAGAAUCUGAUCUUCUUGUUUUGCUGGAGGAAAAAGAAGAUUUACUCCAACGAAUCGCGAAUGAAACUACAGCUAAAGAGGAAGUAGUUCAAUCUCUGAAUCAUCAGCUAGAGAAUCAGACGUCAUACGUAGAGGACAUCAGAGCAGAACUGAAUGACGCCUACAAGAUGAUGGAGCAGUUGAAACUGAAGCACAUCGAAGACAUCGGCAUGAGAAAUCAGAGGAUCGACGAUGUGAUCAGUGAAUUGAAUGCAAAAACAAGUCAAUGUGGACAAUUGACAUCAAUUCUAGAAGAGAAAGAGAAGAUUAUCAAUGAACAAAUGGCACUGGGAGUAAAAACAUCAUUGGACCAACGAAUUGCUUCACUGGAAAAGGAAUUGGAGGAUGUCAAUGCCACGAAUCAGGCGCAAUUGCAGAAAAUGAAGAUGAUUGCGGCAAAUCUCAAGAAGAAAACGGCCCAGUGUCAGCAGCUAGAGGAAAAGGCCAACGAUCUCGAGGAGAAAUGGGCAAGUGAAAAAUCAGAGAAGGAGGAAAUCAAUAUGAGAAUUCAGCAGAUGCAGUCCGAUGUGGAAAUGAAGACUAAUAAAAUUCAGGGAUUGGAAGAACAGUUGAUUAAUUUCCAUGCACAAAUCUCGAACGAAUCCGAAACUAUUGAGAGAUUAUCGAAAGAGUUGGGCACAGCUAAUGACGGAAUCGCUGCUCUUCAGGAUCUUGUGAAGCAGUUCCAAUCGGAAGUUGAAAAACUCUCAGCUGAGAUCAAUGAGAAAUCUCAAUUAAUCGAGAGUGAGAAGUUAUCGAAGGACUCGAUAAUUUCAGAGUUCGGGUCCUAUAAGGAGAAUGUGCAAUCUGAAUUGGAGGGAUUGAUCCAGAAAAAUGAAAUUCUAAAUGCCAUGAUUAUGAAGAAGACUGAAGAGUUCGACAUUUUUGAAAAAUCCACAAUAACGAGUCAACAGACAAUGUCGCAGACUAUUGACCAGCUGAGAUCUCAAAUCGAGGAGAAAUUUUCAGAAGUUUCUUCUAGAGAUCAACAGAUUCAAUCGCUGAUUGUUGAAGUUGAUGAUAAAAACCAUCAGAUCUCGGUUUUGAGUCUUGAUGUUACGCAGAUGAAUCAGAAAAUCGAGUCUCUGGAAUUGGAAAUUGAAUCUGAAAAAUCAUCUAAAGAGUCAAUUCUGUCGGAAAUUGUAGCUCUUCAAAUUGUUAAAGUGAAUUUGGAGCAGGAGCUGGAAGAGGCUAAGGAGAAAGCACGAGAGCUUGGAGUACGAAUGCAAGUGAUGGAGACUGAAUAUGUGGAGCAAUUGAACACUAUUCAGACCCUGAGAACAGAAAAUGGAAUGUUGUCUUCCAAACACGCACAAACGCAUGAACGACUGGAGAAUACAGAGGCAGAGUCGAACGAACGAUUAAGAGUUAUUGAGACUUUGAAGAGUGAAUUAAUCGCCCUGAAAAAUUCUCUACCCUCAUCUCAUACCCCAGAGUCGUGCGAUCAUUGCGAGAAAUGUCAGGAGUUGGUGAACGCCCUCGAAGGAAAACUACAGGAGCGAAACGCAGAGAUUCAGAAUCUAGACAACGAAUUGGCAAAUUCUAUCGCUAAUUUCCUGCAAAUGCGAGAGAAUCUGAGAACUCAAGAAUUGCAAUGCAACGAAGAGUCCCAGGAAGCCAGAAAAUCUCUGGCUCAAUUCAACGAUUUGUUGGUGAGAAAUUCUGAGAAUGAGAUGAGAAUUCAACAAAUGCACGAGCAAAUUCUUCAUUUAACUGAUGAUAAUUCUGCUCUCAACGACGAGCUGAUGAAAACUCGAGAAAUUGCAGGUCAAAGUCAUCGCUUGGAGCAACAACAUCUGGAUUUAUCCAAGAUUCAUCAGGAAAAGGAGAAAGAAGUUGAGGAAUUAAAUGAGAAGCUGCAGAAAUUGGAGAUUGAAAAAGCAGAUUUAUCUAAAAAAAUCAAGAAUUUGAAUUUAGAGGAGGAGACGGGGAAAAGUUUGGAUAAUACAGUUCCUGAAGUUGUUGGAGCACCGAAAUUAUUUGAUGCUGCCAGGCUGUUCGAUGCUCCAGCGCCCUGGGACGUUGAAAGCUCCACAGAGGACAUUGCAGUCUUAAAGAAAAAAUUAGAGGUAAUUGAAUCAGAGAAAGUCCAAUUGUCAUCUCAACUUGAUGAAUUAACAACUGAAGUCUCUUCAUAUCAGCGAGAAAUUGAACGAAUUACCGAGAGGAAUGGAGAAUUGGAAAAUCAAUCUGCUGAGACAGAUGGAAUGAAAUUGGCGAUGAAAGAUUAUGAGCAACAGGUUGAACUUUUGAACGAGGAGAACAACCAACUGCGAGCUGAGCUACUCCAACGCCAAGAAUUCGUUGCUAGAUCUGUUGAAGACUUGAGAGCAGUUGAAGACACUAGUGCAACGAUUGAGGCCUUGGAAAAGAUGAAAAAUGAGAAACAAGAUCUGCAGAAUUCGAUUGUUCAUUUCAUCAGCGAUGUGAAACGCCUAACCGAAGAGGAAGUCCCUGAAGAAGUCGGUAUCAAUGAUUACGUCGCAGAAUUGGCUGCAGUGAUCACAAAAAUUGAGUCGUUGCAGCAGAGAAUCAAUUCAACUUCUGCAGUCAUUCAAUGUCAAGAUGAAAAGCAAGAAGUGCAAGAGGACACGAAACUCGAUUCAUCAUCAGGACUAUCACCACCUCUGAAUGACGAGGAAUUGAAGCUAGAUGAUGAAGAGGAAUGGGGAUGGAAUGCCCAGGACGCUGAAUUGGGUUCUGGACUGGCAAUAACACCGUUCUGCACUGGGGAGACUCAACUCAGAGUUAGAGUUGCUGAGUUGGGAGACACAAUCAGAGAUUUGGAGGACGAAAGAUUGAAAUUGAUGGAGGAGAUUAAAGUGGGGCAGGUGAGGAGUGGAAAGUUAGUGAAAAAGCUGAAAGAAUUCAAGGCUCAGAACGAAAAUCUCCAGAAGCAGUUGAACCUCCAGAAAUCAUCUGGAAGUCUCUGCGACCUUGACUCUGCCAUUGAAGAUGAACUCAAGUCUCAGAUCUCUGGAUUGGAGAAGAACUUGACAGAAGUAAAAUCUGAUCACAACAAACUCAUUCAAGAACGCGAUAAUCUGGUGAAACGAAUUGAUGUUUUAGUCGCGGCUAAUGAGAGAUUCACGGAGAUGAAAGAGCGUCAAGAUCGUGAAGUGGAAGUUCUGCAAAUUCGUAAUAAAGAAUUGGCGAGUAAGAUCGGUUCAGUUGAGAGAGAUAUUGGUGAAAAGUCAACAUCCCUUGAAAUUUGCCAGACAGAAAAAUCGACGAUGGAACAGGUAUCGAAGGAGCAAUACGACGAGCUCCAGGAUUCCCUGGAUAUGUUGGCAGCUGAGAACGAAGAGCUGAGGACUCUGAUCGAGACCGAGAAGAGUGAGAGGCUUGCUGUUGAGAUAUCAUUGACCGAGAGAAUGCGAGAAAUUGAGGAAUCAAAGAAUCAAACCGACGAGAUGAAGAUAGGAUUUGACGAGACCCUGAAGAAGUGUCAGAAUUUGGAGACAGAGUGCAUGUCUAAUCUCGAAUUUGCCAAUCAGAGGAUAAUCGAAGUGGAGAACAAUCAUGCGAUUGUUCUCGGUGAGGCGUUGCAGCGUUCUCAAGAAUUGGAGAUUAAAACUGCUGAACAGAAUGAGAGGAUAGGUCUAUUGGAGGAGAGUCUGAGUGCAUCUCAAAAUCAUCUGAUUGAAGCUCAAGAAACUUUGUCCAAUGUCACAGAAUUGUUGAACGUCAGAGUUCAAGAAGUCGCUGAGUUAAGACAGCAGAUACAACAAUUACAGGGUGCCAAAAUCGAAGCAGCAACUUGUCGAAUCAGUGUAGAUAAUUUGAAGGAGAAACUGAUGGAAACUGAAGAAGACAUGUCCAGAAAAUUGAGCCAGCAGGAAGAAGAUUUGUCUCGAAAGUUGACUCAGAGGGAAGAGGAUUUGACUCGUAAAUUAACCGAGCAAGAAGAAGAUCUCACACGUAAAUUAACAGAACGUGAAGAAGACCUGACACGUAAAUUAAUAGAGGCUGAAGAGAAUUUGUUGAGACAAUUAUCUCUGAAGGAUGCUGAAAUACUCGAAUUGUCAUCAACUCUGGAGGCAAAACUACAGGAGAAAACUCUGGAAAUUGAUUCUCUCUCUUUGCAGCUCCAAGAGCUUUCUUCAGAACGUGAAUCAUUGAUAUCUACUAUAAAAACUGGGGAGCAAGAGCUUCAGUCCCUGAAGGAGUCUUUAGAUAAGAACGAAUGGCUAGUAGAGUCCCUCAAAACCGAGUGCACCGUAAACAAAGAGACGAUUUCCAGUCUGGAGAACGACUUGUCUUCUUCCAAAGAAGAGAUAGCACGUCUGACAACAACAAUCGAAUCUUUAACAUCACAAAUCGAACAGAAAGUUCAGGAAAUAUCAGUAAAGGGACACGAGAUCGAGUCUUUGAAGGCUAUUGUAGCUGAAGUCCAGGCGAAAUCAGAACAGACAGCUGAAAUCUGUUCUAAAUGCAGAGAAAACGAACUGAUUCAUUCCGAAAUCGAUAGUUUGAAGGAGCAAUUGAGGGGUAAAGACAUAGAAAUCGAGGAUUUGAAGUACAUCCUGAAUGAGAAUACGUAUCCAAGAAUAUUCCAAGAGCUACAGGACAAAGCCAACUCGUUGUACAAUGAAAAAUCACAAUUGGAAACGGCUCUGAGUUCUGCUCUUCAGCAACUUGAAAAUCCUAAGGGAGACGAUCUGGGGGAUGAAGCGAGGAUUAAUCUCCAGAAGAUGUUGGACAUGAAGGAAGCAGAAGUUCAGUCAUUGGGGAAAAAAUUAGAGAGUAAAACGACUGAGUGUUUGCUGCUGGAGAAUGCACUAGCUAAACAAAUAUCAUCUGCUACUGGGGAACCGUCCAAGGAGCAAUCACUUACUUCGAGUGAACUUGAUGUUGCACUUUAUAUGUUGCAUCAGAGGGACGUCAGGUGUGAGGAGCUCACCCAUGAGUUGAUGCAGUUGUUGGAGGAAAGGGAUACCCUCCAGUUGAGGCUUUCCAAUGCUAUUCGAUUGAAUGAAGAAAUGAGGAGAGAAAUUGUCGGGGAGGUGACGACUGUGAGUGAACAACCUAAUGUUGAGGAGCAGAAGACACCGGUGAAGAGUGAACCUUCUGGGAAGAAAACUGAACUCGCUCAAAAGUUGUCCCAGCUGCACACAGUCGGACACAGACGAGACAUUCGAUUGAUGGACGAUCGAGAAUUGAGGAACACCCAGCAAAUGUCUUUAUUGGCGCACAAAGACGCCCUUAGUACUCUUCCUCCGGAUGCCGCUGCCAGACUCAUCAAUGCCAAUUACACCCUCUCACGAGACGUCCAGAGUCAAUCAAGCGUUUUACUAAAUUGGUUGUGGGGUAAAAGCACGCCAAAAGUGGUCCACAUGUGACCAAAGCCAAAACCGAUGGAUGGACGAGUUUCAUGAUUUUUCGGAAUACAUUCCCUACGAUUGAUUAAUGUAAUUAACUGCCAAAUUGAUUGACUCACCAGGGCCAAACGCAAUAGUUAAUUAACAGUGUAAAUUGAAUAUCUGACACCUGGAUGGUAUUGGAAAGAAGUUAACAUUUAUAUUUGUACAUUAAAUUCGUUGAAGCUUUUAAAUGCGUGUCAUAGUAUUAAUUGUCAUUAAUUUAUGAAUUUCAAUGAGUUAAAGUUGGUGCCUUUGUCAUGCGAAAGGAGAAUAUAUUUAAGAGGGAAAUUAAAAUGUGGGGAGUUUGAAAGAGAACAGCAAUGUAAUAGAUUAUUUUAUAAUUAUAAUAUAUGGCCAUUGUAUAAAAAAAUUCAUUGAAAGUGUCUUUACCAGUAAUGGAAGGAGAAAAUGUACAUUUUGAAUUAAAUUUUCAUCGAGUGCAA